AUGGCGGAGGAGUACGAGGAAGCGUUGUUGGAGAAGCAGAAGUAUCACGACGGUUGUCCGGGAUGCAAAGUGGAGCAAAUGAAACAGAUCCGGCAAGGUUACCCUUACCUUGAGCUUUCCAUCAUUUGGAUCGUCGUCCUCGCCACUUCUCUGCCGAUUUCUUCGCUUUACCCCUUCCUCUAUUAUAUGAUAGAAGAUUUUGGUAUUGCAAAGACGGAGAAAGACAUUGGGUUUUAUGCUGGAUUUGUGGGGGGCUCAUUCAUGCUUGGCAGAGCACUGACCUCACUCUUAUGGGGAGUUAUUGCUGAUCGUUUCGGACGAAAGCCGAUUAUACUCUUGGGAACUAUCACAAUUGCCAUUUUCAACGCUCUUUUUGGGUUAAGCUCAAACUUUUGGAUGGCAAUUGGCACGAGGUUCCUUCUUGGAAUUUUCAAUUGUUCGCUUGGGACAAUGAAGGCAUAUGCAUCAGAAAUACUUUAUGAGGAAUAUCAAGCUACAGCAAUGUCAGCUGUUAGUACUGCUUGGGGCAUCGGACUCAUUAUUGGCCCUGCACUAGGAGGGUUUCUAGCACAGCCCGCGGACAAAUAUCCAAAUGUAUUCUCCAAAGAAUCCAUUUUUGGAAGAUUCCGGUAUGCUUUGCCAUGCUUUACGAUAUCGGCUUUUGCAUUGGUUGUGACAGUACUAUGCUGCUUUAUCCCGGAAACAUUGCACAAUCAUGGUAGGCAGAGCACAUCAAAAGAUGACUCAAGCGAAAAGCUUGAAGCUGAAUCUGGUGCUUCUAACGGGAGAGCAUCUCAAGGGUCUCUCUUGAAGAACUGGCCCCUCAUGUCAUCUAUCGGUGUGUAUUGUGUUCUGUGUCUACAUGACAUUGCAUACUUCGAGAUAUUUUCACUAUGGGCUAACAGUCCACGAAAAUAUGGAGGUCUGAGCUAUUCGACCAAUGAUGUCGGUACAGUCCUUACUAUCUCAGGUCUCGGCCUAUUCGCCUUUCAGGUUUUUCUUUAUCCUUUGGCCGAGAGACUGCUAGGACCUGUGCUGGUCACACGCUUUGCUGGGGUACUGAUGAUACCUAUACAAAUGGGUUAUCCAUUUAUAGCAUGUUUAUCAGGUUUCAGUCAAAACUUACUGUUGAAUUGUGCAUCAAUCCUCAUAAAUGUACUUAGCGUGUCUGCCAUAACUGGCAUGGUUAUUCUGCAAAAUAAAGCAGUGGAUCAGAGCCAAAGAGGGGCAGCUAAUGGAAUUGCUAUGACUGUCAUGUCUCUCUUUAAGGCCAUUGGACCAGCUGGAGCUGGCAUCUUAUUUUCAUGGAGCGAGACGCGACUAGACGCGACAUUUCUACCAGGAUCGCAUAUGGUGUUCUUCUUCCUAAAUGUGAUAGUCGUGGUCGGAGUAGCUUUCACGUUCAAGCCAUUUCUAACCAGGACUAGGAGGUGA